CUUCUGACGACACAGGUCUCAAUCCAGUCUGAUUAGAAGAAUAGAACGUGUCGGCAGUUAGGCCUACAUCAAGAUAGGUUGAUCUCUAUCACCACCACCGAACACCUCACCAGCCACAACGUUCGUGCACCAUGCUUCCCUCAUCUACAGCGGUCAGCCUAAAUCAGGCUCCGCCUGCGCCAAUCCAGUGGUAUGACCAUGUCCUGCGAAAGAAGUAUCGGGAUCCUCUCAAGCUCAAGCAGGCUUUGACUGCGAUGUAUGGGGAGGGGAACUAUAGGAUCAAAGUCAGGGCGGAUCGGUGGAUUGUGACUAUUCCCAAAGAAAUGAGCAAUAUUGAAAUGGAUGAGCUUGAAAACUCAGUCUAUUCGCACUACUAGCAAUUUCGGGGGUGUCGAGGUUCAACAGGCAAUCUAGGAACGAGAUGCAAGGGGAAAGAAGAAAAAAAAAGAAAAGAAAAAGAAAGAAAGAAAGAGCAUGGAACGCAAACGGAUUUGAAACAAAAACAAAAACCAACACAAAUACAAGGCGUUUUGCCAGGGAAAGGAUGACCAUACAAGUUACCUCCCACGAUCCAGCAUGAUGUAAAGAUCAGUGGUAGGAAACGUAUAAUGAAAGCAAGGGAAAAAUAGGCGGUUGC